AUGAAGCACUGGUCACUAUUCUGUCUCGCCUAUCUCCUCAACGGAGAUAUGGCUCUCGGCAGCAAGUUGCCUGCCAACUGCGCCACAACCACUGUACUUUCGGUUAUAACGACAACCAUGUGCUCUGCAGGUUCACCCGCUGUGCCAACGGCUCUCAUGACUGGUGGUAACGGCAAUGUUCCUGAACAAUACAGCCAGCCAGCGUCGGCUUCCUCCGUCACCCCUGGCUCUGGCCCCCACGUCUCCGUGUCUCAUGGAUCCGCCGAGAGUCCCUCGGCUGGAACCAAUGAAAACACAGCCAAAGAGUCAGAUGCCCCUCAAGCUGGAGCGGGUUCCCAUGCUGGCGAGGCCAGCGGCGCUACUCAGGCUGUCAAACCCACGACUGUUCCAGCUGUCGGCGCAGGAGCCAGUGCCAGCAACGGCAGCUCCGAGCCAAACCAUAUCGCUUCGGGUCAAGCUAGUUCGGUUACAGGACAGCACAGCACAGGUACAGGCACAACCUCCGAGACCUCGGAGACCCCCGAGGUACCUGUGGUUGCUUCUGGGGCCUCAAGUUCUGAAAGCAACGUCAGGGGUAACGCAAUAAUCAUGGCUGGAAUCUUGACCUGUUUCGUGCCGAUGAUGAUUCAUCUCUAG